AUUGGCCGCGAACAUGAGCAUGGCGCUGCGAAAAGUGGACCUGCUCCGGCGCAACCUGCAGCUCCUCGGGUACGAUGGCGGGCUACAGCUGACGGCGCCGACGGAGACGGACGUGCUCUGCGCGCUUCACUUCCUCUGCGUGCAGUGCGACGCCAGCUUUGAGGCCACAGCUCGCACGCUCUUCCCGCUCACGCCCAGCACCAAGACGACGUUGAAGAAGCUGCUCCAGCAGCAGCUCGAGCCACUCGUGCUCGCCAAGCGACUGCCCAUCGGCAGCAGCAACAUGUCUCGGCUGGCGGCGAUCGCGACGCAACCGACGCGCGCCGUCGAUCUCUUGUGGCGACUCUCCACCAUCGCCAUGCAGUCGCUCGUCGGGGGUCCAUUGCUGCAUAGUCCGACGCUUCAAAGCGCGCAGCAGCUGCAGACGCUUCAGGCAAAGAUCGCGAUGAAGACGCGCCAGAUUGAAGCCGCGGCCCACCGUCGACGGCGCCUUCAAGCCGCGUGGAAACGCAAAGCGAACGAGCUCACACGCGACGCGGCCGCGAUCCAAGACAAGGAGCGACAUCGUCUCGCCGAGUACACUGCGUGGAAGGACCGCGUGCCGCCUGGCGUGCUCACCGAAUCGGGUCAUCGCGACCGGCAAGAGACGUUCGAGAAGCUACUGCAGCAGUGGCGCGACGUCGAUAGCGCCUUGGCCCAGUGCCCCGUCCAUGACUUUGCCAGCGUCCUCCAAACCGUCGAGGCGCAUGCACGGGCACCGCCCGUGCUGCAGUCCAAGCACGCUGGUGGCAUCCUCGGUGCGCUUGAGGCCACCAACCGUGCGAUCCAAGCGCUACAUAACGCGCUUCGGGGCCUUGGCGGUGCCACGUCGCUCUCGCCCACGGCGACGUCGACGCUGGCGUCGGCUGUGGAGCAGAGCCACUUGCAUGUUCUCGCAGGGUCCGCACUGUGCGACAACAUUGCGAGGUUAACGGCCGAGUUGGCGCGCGACCCGACACAAGCAUCUGCGGCGCAUGACGAAGCUGGGCCGCUCUGCCCACCGACACCGAUGCUGCAGUACGACUUGACGAGCUCGGCGCGGCCGACGACACCACCGAGCUCGACGUCGUCGGACGCGCGGCUGUGCCAAGUCACGAGCUCGAUCGAGCGACUGAGCUGGCAUCCGCGCCCGGAACUACAGCGCGUACCGGCAGACGACGACGAGCCAGAGGUGCCAACCCAACGCGCGCUGCGGUUCUAGCCUAGGGACAGUGUGAUGCUCGCAAGGAUGACUUUAUC